AGGGGAAGGUUGAGUAGAUGUACUACUGCAGAUAUACUAUGUGCCAGGGUUUCUACAGCCUUCUUGAGUGAAGAAAUGUUUGUUCAUGUUUUCCUAGAAAGGUUGGCACUGCUUGACAGUUGCUCCUUUUGUUUUGAUUGAAAGAUAAGGCAUGGAGACAGGCCCUUCUGCCCACUGAGUCCACACUGACCAUUGACCAUUCAUUUACACCAGUUCUGUAUUAUUUCCACUUUGCAUCCACUGGCUACAUACUAGGGGAAAUUUUAGAGGCCAAUUAACCUAUAAAUCUGUUUGUUUUGGGAUGUGGAAAGAAAUUAGAGCAUCUGGAGGAAAUCCACCCGGUCACAUGGAGAACGUGUAAACUCUGACACAGACAGGGACCUGAUGUCUAGAUUGAACAUGCUGUGAGGCAACAGCUCUACCAGUGCCAUUGUGCUGUCUUUAGUUCUUGACACACUUGCUGCAUCAUCUUCAUCUGUUGUGUCAACCUGUGGAAGAGGUUUUGUGCCUGACAUUGUAAUCUUCAGAGGAUAGAGACAAAAUGCUGGAGUAACUCAGUGGGACAGGCAGCAUCUCUGAAGAGAAGGAAUAGGUAUAUUGUCACAUGGCCAUAUGGAGAGAAAGGACUUUAAUACAUGGCUUGAAUCUCUCUCCGGCGCUUUUAUCACACUGACAGAUGCCCAGAAGAAUGAGUCUUUGGACCACCUGAUCAGCUUGAGUGGGGCCGUCCAGCUGAGACACCUCUCCAAUAAUCUAGAGACGCUUCUGAAAAGAGACUUCCUCAAACUCCUUCCACUGGAGCUUAGUUUCUAUCUGUUGAAGUGGCUUGAUCCUCCAACCCUACUUAAUUGCUGCCUGGUCUGUAAGCAGUGGAACAAAGUGAUAAGCAUCUGUACUGAAGUGUGGCAGGAAGCCUGUCGGAGCUUAGGGUGGCAGAUCGAUGAUACCAUUGAGGACACGCUACACUGGAAGAAGAUCUACCUGAAGGCGGUGAGGAGGAUCAAGCAAUUACAGGACAAAGAAGCUUUUGAGACGUCCUCCUUAAUUGGCCACAGUGCCAGAGUGUACGCUCUCUAUUAUAAAGAUGGACUGUUGUGUACAGGGUCUGACGAUCUCUCUGCCAAACUCUGGGACGUUUGUACUGGUCAGUGUAUUUAUGGGAUCCAGACGCACACUUGUGCUGCAGUAAAGUUCGACGAACAGAAGCUGGUUACAGGAUCGUUUGACAACACAAUAGCCUGUUGGGACUGGAGCUCAGGAGCAAAAACCCACAACUUCCGAGGCCAUACAGGGGCAGUUUUCAGUGUUGAUUAUAGUGACGAGCUGGAUACACUGGUCAGUGGUUCUGCAGAUUUCACUGUGAAGGUAUGGUCGUUAUCCACGGGAAUAUGCCUGAAUACACUCACUGAACACACUGAAUGGGUGACCAAGGUAGUUUUACAAGUCAGCCAUGUAGAAUCUGUGAUGCACAAACCAGGAGACUAUAUUCUAUUAAGUGCUGAUAAAUAUGAAAUCAAGGUUUGGCCGAUUGGGAGAGAGGUCAACUGCAAGUGUUUGAAGACACUUGCCGUAUCGAACGACCGAAGCAUAUGUCUACAACCAAGAGUACAAUUUGAUGGCAAGCACAUUGUUUGUGCAUCUGAUUUAGGAUUGUAUCAGUGGGACUUUGCCAGCUACGAUAUUAUACGAGUCAUCCGAACCCCUGAUUCUACGAACCUUUCCCUACUGAGCCUGGGAGAAGUCUUUGCUCUGCUCUUUGACAGCCGUUACCUGUACAUAAUGGACCUAAGGACCGAGCGAGUGGUGGGCCGGUGGCCCCUGCCUGCGUACAGGAAGUCCAAGAGAGGCUCGAGCUUUCUGGCGGGGGAGACGGCCUGGCUGAGUGGACUGAACGGCAAGAAUGACUCCGGCUUGGUUUUUGCCACAAGCAUGCCGGAUCAUAGUAUUCAUUUGGUCCUGUGGAGGGAGAAUGGAUGAGAAGGCACGGCAGCCGAUGGCCGUGUACUGCUUGUGCUGCUGACGUUUGUGAGAAUGCAGAAUCUUUGCACCAACCAAAGACGCACAGACCAGGCAUUCUCCCCUGUACUGUACAGUUGAUUGCCUUUAUUUUUUUUUAAAAAGUCAAAUGAAACCAGCAUGUUUGAAAAUUAUUUUUACACAUUAAAUCUGUUUGCUUGCAUAUUGAUGUAUCGAUACAGGAAGGGAAGGAAAAAGAAUGUUAAAUUAAACAUGGCACUGUUUAUAAAUUUAUAAUGAGCCACGGGUUGAAGAUUAUGCUUGACAAGCACAUUUCAACAUAAUUAAUGUAUUGUUUGCAGUAUUUUGAACAUUCCCUGACUGCCUUCAUUUCUUCUGCACCUGAAAGUAUAGAACACAUUACUUUUUAUAUAUAAAUAUUUCCAUUCUGGAUUUUGCCUUAAUGCUUUUAUGAGUGGUUGCUCGCGAUGAGCCUGUUUAUAGACCAUUAGGUAGGUACUUUAAAUUUCUCCACAUUUUAUAUUUUAUUAUAGUCAGUAUUUACAAUGAUAUUUUUAUUGAUAUUUGCCCCACAGUGUCACAAGUGUUAAUUAUCUUCAAUACAUUCUUUCUGAUGAAAUAG